AUGGGAGCAACGCUGUUGGUGUUAGAUGGUUUCAUUGCGUCGAGUAGUGCCAAAACAGUAAAAUGUGUGCUUGUUCCGGUGUUUUCGCCUACUCUAGAACUCAGCACAAAGUAUUUCACGUCAACGUUGGCCUUUCUUGUUAUAUUCUUCGUAAUUUUGUCCCUUCGAGUUACUAAUCACGUUCAUUUACCACAACGCGAUGCAUUUGCCAAACAUUACAUUAGCCGGAACCUUAUAAGCUUGUGCGAUAUUAAAUCGGAUUGCUUCUUAGGCUCCUGGAAUCGUCUCUGCUAUGAGUCUGCACAGAAACGAGUGGGCUUGGCAACAGUAGAGUACAAAAUGAUUCCACUGGACCACUUAUUUCACCGGCGGUACCAAAUAAUUUAUUUCCAGCUUAAGCCACCGGAACCAUUUGUUCGCAUUGCUUGUACAUACUUUGCUCUUGGAAUACCGACCUUACUCAUUCGCAAUGGCGUGCCAAUCGAGCGGGGUCGCACAUGGCAUCAGACAAUAAAUAGUCGUGUGCCGCCGCAACUUUUAUUACAUCUCAACGAGUCAGCGCCUGGAAAAUUUAAGUGUAGGACUCGGUUUGCUCGUGGCAACCCAGUGGUCCAUCCAACGGUUACUGCACACUUUACCAUUCUUCACAGAAUGUCACAAUAG